GAUACAGACAGCUAUGAUACCAUCACCACAGUCAUAGCUUGCUUUCUUUUUGCAAACAUCAGCUAACACAUUUUGACUACUAUAUGGUUCAAAAAUGAAGUAAUAUAAGACAUUUUCAAAAAUAUAAGACAUAUGGUUCAAAAAUCAAGUAACAUAAAGACAUCUUCCAGCCUGUCCUCCAGCUACCCAGCUUACCCUGCUCGAUUCUUUGGUAACUCCUUGUAGUAGUUUCUUGUAUAUCAUUCCGGUAUAUCUAUGUGAACAUCGACACAUAUGAAUAUACUUAUUUCCCUACUUUUAUCUGAAAAGAAACAUGCCAUAAAUAGGAUUCUUCACCUUGCUCUUUUAACAAGUUGUAUUAAGUGGUCUUCCUUUCAAUAUACACAGUUUCUCCUCAUUAUUUGUUUUUUAUAACUUUGUAUUAUUUUAUCAUAUUCUUAUACCAAAAUUUAUAUAUCUUAAUCUGCUGCCAAUAAGCAUGUCAUAUUGCAUAUGGGCAAGUAUAUCUAGGAUUUGGGGGGUCAAAGAAUACAUGUUUGAAAUUUCCAUAGAUACUGUUAAAAUGCCUUUUAGCUCUUUCUUUUUUUGACCAAUGUUGGUCAAAUAUCAGAAGAGCAGCUUUAGGGACUUCCCUGGUGGUCUAGUGGUUAAGACUCCAUGCUUCCAGGAAAUGGGUUCAGUCCCUGGUCAGGGAACUAAGAUCCCACAAGUCAAGGGGGAGGGCCAAAAAAAAGGGGAUAAAAAGGCAGCUUAAAAUCCUCUUCCCCUGUUCCCCCCAAGCUAAAGGAAGCUCUCCUCCUAAUCUGCCGUGUGUCGGUAUCACUUACUUAGCAAUCUCAGCCUCUGUGUGUGUGCAUUCGUGCUGUGUGUUACGGCUCCAGCUAGAGUGAAGGAACUCAUGCCUUUACUUCACGUCCUCAAGAGGUUAGUCUGGCACCUGUGGACACUGCUGCUCAUUGAUCAGAUAUUCAUGUCUUUUGUCCAGGAAGAGAAAUCUGCUAUGGACCUAAGAUAAGAUGGUUCCAUGUUAGUCCUUGUUAGUGUUUUACUGAGACAAAGCUAUUUGGAGGGCAGAUGUUCCCAGGCAGGCACCACAGAUCCAAUUUUACAAUAUUUAUUGAGCAUCAGAAAUGUAAAGACACAGUCUGAGAGACUGGAGAGGAAACAGAAUGAACAGGACAUAGGAUGGGUCCUGAUGAACCUUUCCCCCAAGUUUAUUUGGUCUGUAUAAUGCUUUAAACAUUUUUCAAAAAUUUUUGUAAUUGGAAUAUUACAUACAUAUGUAAACAAGUGCACAGAUUAAGUACACAGCUGAAAAGAUCACUAAAUGUUCUGGAAACAUUUUCAGUUAGUCACCAAACUUUAAAAAUCCCUUGAAAAACCAGAUCUGGUAAUAAACUCUCGCUUUAGGUACUCAAUCCUCAAUUUCCCCACUCCCUGUUUCCUACAUUCGUUUACAUUUGAAAUCCAUCGUCCUCCAUAAAGGAGGGUCCCUAGUUAUCUGGGAGGAAGAUGGAGUCUCUUGGGGGCUUGAAAGAGUAGAGGUAGGAAGAUCAAAAAUAAACUAAAUAGCAUCAAGUGACCACAGGACUGCUCACCCCCUGAACGUUUACUUUUAACAAAGUUAAAACAUGAUUGUGACUUUAUAAAAAAAUCAGUUUCAUUUUUUGUAUUUAAUCUCUGCCAGGACUGUGUUUUGCCUCAGUCUCCUCAAAUAACAUUAUUGGUGGUUAAAAGAGGAAACCAUUAGUUUAUAUCUUUCAGUGUAAAAUUAAAACACUUGCUGAAUCCGUAGCUUGAGCCGUCUGUGACAGCCACGACUCUGAGAACAAAACCCAAUUCUAAACAUGUUUAUCUGAUGUUGUCACAGAAUAGAUUUUGAAACUGGGGGGAAAAAAAACUGGCGCCAUCUGCCUUCCAAAGUUUAUCUCCCCUGCACCUGCACUCAAAAAUACUUCUGCCGACACACAGGAACUAUUGUUUUAAGAUUUUGCUGUUGAUUCAUCAUGCAGGUUCUCUAGGAAUUAUUCACACUUCAGAAAUUAUUUUUUAAAUGCCUGCAUAUGGUUUAAAAAAAAAAAAAGACAAUCCUAUAAAAUCAUAAAAAUUAAAUCUCAUCCUCUGUAGUACCUCUUAUCAGAAAUAGCCACUAUUACCAGUUUCUUAUGAAUCCUUCCAAAAAUAUUUGCUGAAUACAUAAACACACGUGUGAUGGGCACAUACAUACACAGAUGGCCUCCUUGUUUUCUACACAAAUGGCAGCAAACUAUGCGCUUCUCUGUACCUGUGUUAUUUUCCUUUUACUUAACACAUCUAAGGAGAUUUUUAUGAUAUUAAUAUAUACAUCCACACUAUUUUUUGGCUGAAUCUUACUACCUCUUUUUAAAAACAUGAGAUUCAGCAAUUACCAGUUUGUGUUUGUAUGUCUGUUUCUUUAUUGGCCCCUUGUGAGGCAUGUGGGGUCUUAGUUCUCCAAUCAGGAAUCGAACCCACGCCCCUGCAAUGGUAGCAUGGAAUCUUAACCACUGGGCCGCUGGGGAAGUCCCUGCAUAUUACUACACUUAACAACUCUUUUAUAUUUAGCCAGUCUCUUCCUGGUGAAUGUUUAGGUUUGCCAUGUUCCUGGGUCGGGAAGAUCCCCUGGAGAAGGAAAUGGCAACCCACUCCAGUAUUCUUGCCUGGGAAAUCCCAUGGACGGAGGAGCCUGGUGGGCUACAGUCCAUGGGGUCACAAAGAGUCGGACACGACUGAGCAACUUCACUUCACUCACUACAAGCAGCACUCUUAAGAACAAUCCUUUUACAUUUAUCUUUGUGCAUGGGUGCACAUGCAUCUAUAGGAUGAUUUCCUAGAACUGGACUAAAGGGGUCAAAAAGACGAAGUCAUACGGAAGCGUCUCCUAAUCGAUGGAGAUGGUGCUGGAGAUGAUCGGAGAAUUAAUCUGCUGGUGAAAAGUUUCAUUAAAUGGUGCAACUCAGGAUCUCAGGAAGAGGGAUACAGCCAGUACCAACGUAUGCUGAGCACACUGUCCCAAUGUGAAUUUUCAAUGGGCAAAACUUUGCUGGUAUAUGAUAUGAAUCUCAGAGAAAUGGAAAAUUAUGAAAAAAUUUACAAAGAGAUAGAAUGUAGCAUUGCUGGAGCCCAUGAAAAAAUUGCAGAGUGCAAGAAGCAGAUUCUUCAAGCAAAACGAAUACGAAAAAACCGGCAAGAAUAUGAUGCACUGGCAAAAGUGAUCCAGCAUCAUCCAGACAGGCAUGAGACAUUAAAAGAACUAGAGGCUCUGGGAAAAGAAUUAGAACAUCUUUCACAUAUUAAAGAAAGUGUUGAAGAUAAGCUGGAAUUGAGAAGGAAACAGUUUCAUGUUCUUCUUAGUACCAUCCAUGAACUUCAGCAAACACUGGAAAAUGAUGAAAAGCUCUCAGAGGUAGAAGAAGCUCAAGAAGCAAGCAUGGAGACUGAUCCUAAACCAUAGCCCAAGGAAUCACUCUCCAUUCCCAAGAAUGUUGAAUUAGCAGCGUGAUCUCAGUGUGUUUAGAAUCUGUUGUGCUCUCGAGAUAUGUAAAGUUUUGGCAGUGAACUAUUUUGCUUUUAAAUGUUAAUGCAGAAUUCAUUCAUAUUUCUUCACACAAAGGAAGAUGACUUCAUUAUAUAUUUGUUUUUACUGAAAUGUCUUUUUUGUAUUUAAAAGGUGGGAAGCAACAUCCAAAAUAAAUGUUGAAUAAAAUGUUUUCAAGCCAAA